CCUUCAACCUUUCCCAGCAUCAGGGUGAAGAUGGAGAGAGUACCUCUGUUUACGUCUUCUUGUGUUUAAAGCAGCACAAAGUUAGAACUGAUGAUAGAGGUAGGAUGGUAAGUGCCUGUUAGAUCCAGCAGAAGUCGAGGGUCGUGUCAUUGAGGAGCUGCUUGCAGUAAAGGUGGGGUCUGGCUCCAAAUUUUCUGAUGAUGGUAAAGAUUGAAGGCAGGAGGAGAAAGACAGAGGAUGAGAUGGUUGGAUGGCAUCACCGACUCAAUGGACAUGAGUUUGAACAAACUCUGGGAGAUGGUGAAGGACAGGGAAGCAAGAUGUGCUGCAGUCCAUGGGGCUGCAAAGAGUAAGACACAAUUUAGUGACUGGACUGGAAAUGGUUCCACAUUACAACCUUGGGCUUAGCCAUUGGGCGUGGGGCUGGGGCUAAAAGUCAAGAUUUUCACAGCCCAUCACUUUCCCUCCCCAUCCCACCUCCCAGUUGGGCUUUGUUUGCUGCUCACACUAAACACAGCUCCAGCCAUGGCCUCAUUCCAGUUCCUUCAGUGGGCAGAGGGUCCCCCCACCCAAUGACCCCUGGUACCUCUCAGGCCCCAGUUUAUACUGAUCCCUGUUGGAACUCUUUUACAAGAAACCUUGAACUUGUGACUUGAAGGGCAAGGAAACCCUCCAGGGACUGGUUUCUAUUGCUCUUGCCUUCUUGGGGGCAUCCAGCUUCCUGUAAUCCCAGUGGGGAUGACCUUUUCACUGGAGCCUUUAUGUUGAAGACUGUGCAGUUCAGAGGCAGAGAUGAUUCUGCACUGGCUUUCUGGUGCUCUGCUCUCUCUCUCCCUUGGCUCUGGUCCUGAGCAUCUUCUCUUCUGCAGGGUGACACAAACUUGCCUGAUUCCAGAGACUCCUGGAUAGGGGAAGUGCGGGGCCGCUCUUCAGUGAGGAACAAUCAGCUGAAUCUGGCCAGCUCUGCCUGGAAAUGCUUAGCCUACAGCCGCAGAGCCGCCUUGGGCAGUUGCUGCUGUUCCCCGUCCAGCCUGUCCAGCUUAGGGACCUCCUUCUCCUCCUCAUACAAGGAUUUGGCCAAGCACAUCGUGGACCUCUCUAUGGCUGAUGUAAUGGCUGCUUGCUCAGAUAACCUGAACAACCUCUUCAGCUGCCGGGCAGCAGCCGGCUGGAACCAUCAGGGCGAGGAGCAGGAGGUGCAGCUGUACUACAAGAUGUUCUCUUCUACCCGGCAUGGCUUCCUGGGGGCUGGCGUGGUGUCCCAGCCACUGUCUCAUGUGUGGGCAGCUGUGAGUGACCCCACCUUGUGGCCCCUGUACCAUAAGCCCAUCCAGACAGCGAGGCUGCACCAGCGGGUGACCAACAGCAUCAACCUGGUGUAUCUGGUGUGCAAUACCACCGUGUGUGCACUGAAGCAGCCACGGGAUUUCUGUUGUGUCUGCGUGGAAGCCAGAGAGGUGCCUGCCUUGCUGGUGGGGCAACUGUCUGUCAUGGCAGCUCAGUCUGUGUAUGAUGCAUCCAUGCCGAGACCCAGCAGGGAGAUGGUCCGAGGGGAGAUCCUGCCCAGUGCCUGGAUCCUGCAGCCCCUCACUGUGGAAGGGAAGGAGAUCACCAGAGUCAUCUACUUAGCCCAGGUAGAACUUGGUGCUCCAGGAUUCCCCCCUCAACUUCUAAGCUCCUUCAUCAAACAGCAGCCACUGGUUAUAGCCAGACUUGCUUCCUUCCUUGGUAGUUAGCAUCUCACAGUCAAGAUGGCACUCCAGGAUGCCCCAGAGAUGCUGGGGCAGUUCUUGUUACUCUCUGUAUCCUGAUGCAAGAAGAGCCAAGGCUACCUGCUGUGGCCGACUGAGCAGACGGCAUUCCGCCCCGAAGUUCCAGUGAAACCUGGUCGGCACUUGGUCACAGCUGGCAUCUCUGCAGAGCAAGGGCGCUUGAGUUUCUGGCUCUGGCCGUCCAGCGUGAAUGAAGCUCAACUCACCUUUUUGGAUUUCUCACCUUUUUUCCUGUCUCUGGGACCCUAUGGUUACUCAAGGAUCAGGACUGGGUACAGCCAGUAGAGCUGGGAAAUGGCAAUGCUCUGACAUGGUGCUUACUGAGUUUGGUGCAGCCCUUGGGCUGGUGGAGAAGCAAGCUGCCGUCGGCCAGCACUCAGAAUCUGCCUCCAGCAUUCAGCUCCACUGUGGGAUGGAGUGUUAGGAAAUACCAAAACAGAAAAUGGUUUAAAAAAACAUUUACACAAACCAGAACAAUGAUGUAGAAUUGUUUCUCCUCCUUGAAUCUUUACAAAUUGCUUUAUUAUUAAUUUUUGCCUUGCCCCCACCCCCUUCCUUUCCCUCACAGGAGAGGACGUUCGUUUGGGUCUUGGCCCGUUAGGAGUACUGACCAGUGCUGUGUUAUGGAGCCGCCACUCCAGAGCUCAGCAAAAUGAGAAAAACCACUGUAGAAGUUGGCUGGAUAGAUUUGGGGUCAGAGUGGGGCCCCAGACCCUUGAGGAAGACUGGGGAUGGGGCUUGGGCAUCUCUCAUUUCAGAGAUGAAAAACUGUCUUUUGAAGACGGAUGAUAAUGGAUUUCCUGGAGGAGGUAAGUGAUUUGUUAGGAGGAAGCUCAGUUCCAUUCCUUACCUCACUCAAAGGCUUGGUUCCAGCCCUCAGGCUCUUGAGCAUUCCACAUACUGCUGUAGCCUCUUCUGUUCUAGGGUGGGAUGGAGACUGGGUUGUUUUCUGACUGAACUUGAGCUUUUAUUCUGUAUGGUUACUUGAAAGUGGUAGGGGUGGGAGAGGUUCUUGGCUUCAGUUCUGGUGACCAGAAUCUUUGGUAGAAGAGGGUGACCAUAUGGGGAUUGAGAUGAUGUGGUAAAAAGGUAAAUUUCUGCAUAGUCCAGCAGAGAUUUAUUUUUCUGAAAGUAUUUGCAGGAUUUUUUUCCCCUCUUACGUCAAAUUAAGUUAUUUAUAUAUUAUUGAAGGUUUUUUUUUAAAUUGCUUUUAAACUUAUUUUUCUGGUUAAUAUUUUGGUAACAUUUGAUAUAUUUAACAGCCUAUUUAUGUACUCCCGUAUCUUUUCAUAUGAUUAAGACCACUGAUUGAAAAGUUCAGAACACUUGCAAAUUAAACGUCCAGUGUGUACAUUUAUUCAGUGAAGACUA